UGAGUGUCCCCGAUUUAUGCUUACUAUGUUACGCCUAGUCUAUGAGACCAGACUGAUGGCUUAUGUAGCUUAUAAAUGCAUGUAAUAUGACUAAAGAGAGGCAACAUAGCCCAGUUGGGGCUUUUGACAUAAUGAAACAGAUAAUAUUCAAGGACAAUGUUCAGAUAUCCCCUGCAAUAAUAAAGAGAGUACACAAUGCUCUCUGUGACAGUCACAGCAGCCUUCACACUGUCGCCCCUCCUUUGAGGGGUAUAAACUUGUUCAACCAAGUGUGAGAGAGCACUGAUGUCAUGGGUUGUAAUAGAGAUCACUAGUUUUAUUGCCCAUUGACAGUUAACAUUUUUGGCUUUCUAUGUUCAAUAUUGUAGUUAUGAAGACAAUACUUGCGGCAUACAUUGGUGUCUUGCGAGGCACUGGCUCCAUCAUCCUGUCGGCCCUGCAGUCCCUGCUCUCAGUGCGCUGGGCCUGGUGCCCCAGGCUGGAGAAACAGGUCCAGGUCUUCUCUGUCAUGCAGUUCAUUGCCUCCUUCCUCAUCAUGGGUCCUAUAUGCUCUGUGGUGAUGCUGUACCUCCUCUGGACUGACUACUGGUGGGUCACAGCCUCAUACACCACCUGGCUAUUCUAUGAUUGGAACACACACAAACAAGCUGGCCGAAGGUUCUCGUGGGUGAGGAACUGGACAGUGUGGACCCACUACCGAGACUACUUCCCUAUCCGACUUAUCAAGACUCACAACUUGUUGACCAAUCGAAACUAUAUCCUUGGCUACCACCCACAUGGAAUCUUUUGUUUUGGAGCACUUUGUAACUUUGCGACAGAGGCCAAUGGUUUUUCAGCUAAAUUCCCUGGAAUAACACCAUUUGUGGCUACCCUGGCUGGGAACUUCCACAUGCCAUUAGCCAGAGAGUACCUGAUGUCUGCAGGGAUUUGUCCUGUGAAUCGCGCCACACUGGAGUUCAUUCUGUCAUGUAAUGGGACAGGGAAUGCAGUCGUUAUUACUGUUGGAGGGGCAGCUGAAUCUCUGGACUGUACUCCAGGAGUUCAUUGUAUCACCCUAAAGAACCGCAAGGGCUUUGUGAAACUGGCUCUGCAACAAGGGGCUGACCUGGUGCCUGUGUACUCAUUUGGGGAGAAUGAUGUGUAUAAGCAGCUGAUACUGGAUGAGGGAUCGUGGUGGAGGCUGAUCCAGAGGAGACUACAGAAGAUCCUGGGCUUUGCCCCCUGUGUAUUUCAGGGCCGGGGCCUCUUCUCCCCUGACACCUGGGGCCUGUUUCCCUACUCCAAACCUAUCAACUCAGUUGUUGGAAAACCCAUGGAGAUGCCCAAGAUCAGUUCACCCAGCCAAGAAGAAGUGGAUCAUUACCACACCAUGUACAUGAGCUCCCUUACACAGCUCUUUGACAAGCACAAGACCCACUUUGGGCUGAGGGAGGAGGAUGUACUGGUGAUUCACUGAGGAGUGGUCAUACCCUGGACGGGUCAGACACAAGCACUACUCUUUGGCUGCUCCAGAUAGCCCUUGUACAUAAUGACUGAAGCUGUGACUAACAGAACAAUCUCACAGGUCAAAGGCUACCUGUCAAGACAGACAGAAACACAAUAGACAGAAAUGCUGCCGGUUCUUUUCUAGGAUAGUCACUAGGUGAAGUGUCCUGGGUUGUUUGUUGUUUCCUGUCUGGAACCAUAGCCUGCUGUAACACAUUUUAUGCAUUAUUGCUCUCAUCACGUUCACUGUAAUAUAACCACCAGGGGGCAGCAUAUUUCUCUCAACGUAUGGUUCUGCUGAAACAAAUAAAACAGAAUGUGUAUUUUAAAUCCAUAAUAUUUUUUUUUUUAAAUCAGAACUGGGUUGUUUUGGGGCAUUUUCCAAAGAUAUUUGAGAGAGAAUAUUGUGAUGUCAAAUCUUUGCUGUAUUUGUCUUAACAAGUCACUUUCAUGGUCACACGGGUGUCUUCACUACAGUGAACGAACGAACGUAUGCCAGCUAUUCAAACCUUUUGUAAAGUAGGCAUGCAUUAUCAUGUAUUAUUAGUUGCUUGUAUGUUUUAAUAUAACUAUUCAGUGGUUCAGUGUGUAUAUUUAAAAGAAUAUAUUGUUCAGAGAGAGACUAUUUAUCUAAAUUCACAAAUGUAUCUACAUUUUUCCACAUAAUAACAAGUGAGGUUCAAUAUGUAGCUACCACAUUAUCAUAAUCUGAGACUAUCUGUUCACAUAACAAUGAUAAAAAUGUAGGUCUUAAUAAAACAUAUUCACACUAUAACAUUCCCCCUUUAUUUUAGAAGGGCAUUGAACAAGAAAAACAUGAAACUGUCUUCACACUACAUGUCUUUUCCUUCUUUAAAAUGGUAAUAAAGUAUGAAUUCCAUAAUUUCUCA